AUGAAAUUUUCAACAAUGAAUCACAGAAGUAUAUAUUACAUCGCUUGCUUCGCCGUCCUCGUUCUUUCUGUAGCAAAAGCUAAAGAAUUAUCAAAAGGUGGAAUGGAGACAGUUCUUGAAACUACGACAAAAUACAGCACAGAAACAGUAGCACCAUUUAACAAAAAUUCGGAAGAUCAACAAUUUGCAGAUAUUUCUUCUUCCGGCACUACAAUUGAAGUGGAGGAAAAAUCAAAUAAUACAUCAAACAUAAAAGUUCUAAAUAGAAGCGAACCUUUAAGAGUACUUGAAAGCGCUUCACGAGUUUUAAUACCAUCUCUUUAUAACCAAACGAUCAACGAUCUAAUACUUCAUAGAAAACCUGAAAAUAUAUCAGAGAUAACAAAUAAAAAUAUAAUCAAAAUAAAAGAAGAAAAUGCUGGAAAAAGAGCUUCAGCUAAAAGGCAGUAUAAAAAAUCAAAUUUAAGGGCUCAUGUGAGAUAUGAUGAAGUGACUGGAGAACUAAUUAGCGGUGAUCAUCCUUGUCACCGCGAAUGUAUCGAAGGGGAAGAACCUAUGAUUUGCCAUUAUCAUUUCAAUCUGGAAUGGUAUCAAACUAUGAGUAAAGCUUGUUAUGAUUGUCCAUACAAUGCAAGCGACUGCUCAAGAAUUGAUUGUAUUCCUGCAGAUGGAAUUAGUAGGCCGUUGAACGUUGUUAACAGAAAAAUGCCAGGACCUGCUAUUGAGGUAUGUCAUCAUGAUAGAAUCGUGGUAGAUGUAGAGAAUGACUUAAUGACGGAAGGUACUACAGUACAUUGGCACGGUCAACACCAAAGAGGCAGUCCUUAUAUGGAUGGAACUCCUUACGUUACGCAGUGUCCUAUUUUACCUGAAUCAACAUUCAGGUAUCAAUUUAACGCGUCCCACGCCGGAACUCAUUUCUGGCAUUCACAUUCGGGCAUGCAAAGGGCAGAUGGCGCUGCUGGUGCAUUAAUUAUCAGAAAACCAAAGUCGCAGGAUCCUCAUGGCCGGCUUUAUGACCACGACAGAUCAGAACACGUGAUGAUAGUAACGGAUUGGAUCCACGAAUUGUCAGUUUCAAUGUUCACAGACCACCACCAUUCUAUCGGCGAUAACAAGCCUCCCACUUUGUUGAUUAACGGUGUAGGCCGAUUUAGAAUUUUUAAUGAAACUACCGAACCACUCUACAUGAAAGCCGCGAGAUUUGAUGUUGAGCAGGGUUUCAAAUAUCGCUUCCGAGUGAUCAAUGCUGAGUUUCUUAACUGUCCCAUUGAGAUGUCAGUAGAUGGCCAUAAUAUUACUGUCAUUGCCUCCGACGGUUAUGACCUGGAACCGAUAACAGCAACAUCCCUGGUGACUUACGCUGGUGAGCGUUAUGAUUUUAUUCUCGAGGCAAAUAAGGAAAUUAGUAACUAUUGGAUUCGAUUCCGCGGACUUAUGGAUUGUGAUGAAAGGUUUACUAAAGCAAAACAAGUGGCUGUUCUACAUUAUGAAGGUGCGAUGGAUUUGGAACCUUCAGGGGAUCCUACCUGGGAAGAGUUGCAUAAUGAAGGAUUGCAACUGAAUGCACUAAAUAAAGGUGAAGAAGAAGAUGAAACAAUAAGUGUAGCUGAAAUGAGGUCCCUUGAAGGGUACGAUGAUAGUUUAAAGGAAGUCGCAGAUUAUCAAUUCUACGUAGCUUACGACUUUUACCCUAAAAAUAAUUCCCAUUUUCACAGAUCACCUUAUUAUGGAUAUUACCAAGUACCAAACUUAGAUAAUCGUCUGUACACCCCACAAUUGAAUCAUAUCAGUAUGAAGAUGCCUUCCCGCCCACUUCUUAUCGACAGACCUUCGCCAAAAAACUUUUGUAAUGCUUCAAGUAUCGAUGAAACCUGCAAAGCCAGCUACUGUGAAUGUCCACACGUUUUAUCAGUCAGAAAAAAUGCUGUAGUUGAAGUUAUUAUAGUGGACGAAGGAGUAACAUUUGAUGCAAACCAUCCUUUCCAUUUACACGGUCACAAUUUUAGAGUUGUUGGAUUGAGGCGUCUAUCCAAUCGUACUACAAUUGAAGAAAUAAAAGCUUUUGACGAAGCAGGAUUAUUGAAAAGGAAUCUUAAAAAUGCUCCAUUAAAAGAUACAGUAACGGUACCUGACGGCGGUUACACAGUUAUAAGGUUUAAAGCUGAUAAUCCUGGAUAUUGGCUCUUCCACUGUCAUAUAGAGUUCCAUGUCGAAGUAGGUAUGGCUUUAGUAUUUAAGGUUGGUGAACAUAAAGAUAUGGUUCCAGUGCCACCUGAAUUUCCUACAUGUGGUAGUUAUAUGCCAGAUAACAUGUUAGAGCAUGCUACUACGGAAAAACCUAAAGAUAAUCAAUACAUAUCUAUUACACAUUGGUGGCCUGUAGUUAUGGUGAAUAACAAUAGUACGUCAUCAGCGAGCAGUUUAUCAUCCUUAAAUGGAUUUGUAUUAAUAAGCAGUAUUUGGAUUUUGAAAUUAGUUACCGGAACUUAA